AUGAAUAACGCAUUCCGAUUGUUUCAACUGAAUGUAAGAAAGCAGGGAUCAGUACACGAGAGCCUGAUGAACGACAAGGAUAUUCAGGCUGCAACCGUGUUGGCCAUUCAAGAACCCCAGGCACGACGGAUCCAAGGAAAACUAUUGACGGUUCCGAUGGGGCAUCAUGGAUGGGUCAAGAUGGUGCCGACAGCUGAGAGAGAAGCGGUUGUUCAGGUGCCGGGGCGUCUGGUAUUCACGGCGUCUGUCUACGUACCGGGGGGAGAUGCCGAAGCUCUACAGGACAUAUGCAGUAAGCUUGGUAGAGCCAUCACGGAAGUGGGGCGAAGGUCAGGGAGAGUGGUGGACGUGGUGAUUGCUGGCGAUUUCAACCGACACGACCAGAUGUGGGGAGGAGACGAUGUAGCGGCGGCGAGACAAGGCGAGGCAGAUCCGAUCAUCGAUCUAAUGAAUGACUUCAUGCUUCGAAGCCUUCUCCGACGGGGCACAAAAACAUGGCAAAGCGGAGACUAUGAAACAACGAUUGACUUGAUCCUUGCUUCCGAGGAGCUUGCGAAUGCGAAUAACAAAUGUGGGAUACAUGGUACGGAGCACGGAUCAGAUCAUCGCACGAUAGAGACGGUGUUCGACAUCUCAGUUCCGACGCCGAAACAGGAAGAAAGGCUCUUGUUCAAGAAUGCACCAUGGAAGGAGAUCAACAACAGGAUAGCGAACAUACUAAGAGAUAGGCCGAGGGGAAACACGGUGCAGCAGAAGACGGAUAGACUGAUGAUGGCGGUCUUAGAAGCCGUCCAGGCCCUGACACCCAGAGCCAAACCGUCUCCAUACGCAAAAAGAUGGUGGACCGAUGAUCUUACACAGCUGCGACACGUCUAUACAUAUUGGAGGAACAGAGCGCGAGCUGCGAGACGUGCCAGCCAGAACCUCUCGAACCUCGAGGGUACAGCGACCGCCGCGGCGAAGCAGUAUCACGACGCCAUCCGACAACGCAAGAUGAACCAUUGGAAGGAGUUCCUAGCGGACAACGACAACAUCUGGAAGGCGGCUAAGUACAUGAAGUCUGGGGACGAUGCACCUUUUGGGAAAGUGCCUCAGCUCACUAGAGCGGACGGAACGAACACGACAAACCAUCGGGAGCAAGCCGAAGAGCUUCUAGCCAAGUUCUUCCCGCCACUGCCAGACAACAUUGAAGACGAAGGAUUGAGGCAACAGAGAGCUCCCGUCAUGAUGCCGAAACUCACGUUGGAGGAAGUGGAGCGCCGACUGUGGGAGACAAAGUCAUGGAAGGCUCCAGGAGAAGACGGACUACCGGCGAUGGUCUGGAAACAGGUCUGGCCAUCGGUGAAACACGACGUCAAGCAUCAUUAG